CAUCUUUUCUUGUUUUUAAAAGUGAAAAUAAAACGUGAUCCAUUAAUGGCUAAAAUCACGAUAUGAACUGGAUAUAAUAAAAAAAUGUGACAACUAACUAGGUGCCAUGCUGUAAAGGGCCAAAGAUUCCAACCUGUGGUAAUAGUUACUUGGGGUACAAACCAGCUGUUUCUGGGGUACUUGUACUUUCCUCAUGCUGUGCUUUAGAUUAACAGGCCAGAUUUUGGGGUACGUUGAUGCAAUAUAUUUCAGUAAGGGGUAUGUGACAAACAAGAGUUUAAGGUAUAGAUGCCACUAUCUAAAUCAUCAGCUAAUAAUUGAAUUACUAAUCACUCCCACCACAACCUUGUACUAGCUAUACGUAAUCCCUAUAACCCUAUGUUCUCCCUUCUACUAUGUCUUCUGUUUUAUUCUUUGAUUUCUAGUCUUUCCAACUCUCAUUUCAUUAUUUCCUCUUACUUGCUCUUCCCUUUCUCUCCCCCCUCUCUUACACAUGCACUUUGUGCAGAGUUGGGGUCCAAAGUUCAGUAACUUGUGAAGCGCAGGGAUAAAUAUGAACCUUGGAGGAUUUACACUGCUCUGAUGUAAACAGAGAGUGACAAGGGUCCCUUAUCUGCUAUGUCUCAGUGAAGACAGUCCGGGGGGUGACCACUUGCUGGUUGUGGCCGCAGAGCAAGUAUUUUUGGGGGGGAGGAGGAGACAGAAGGUGGGUAGAGCAUGGGCUCCCGCCUGCUGAUCCAUAUUGCAACCGCAGGAUGGUGAGAUGUUAGCAGGUAACAUUGAGGAUGGCGUCUCAGCUUACUUACUUGCAGCAGGAGCUACUAAAGGCAUUGUUGGAAUCAGGUGUCACUAAAGAGACUAUUACGAAAGCUCUAACCGAUGGCAACAAUUAUCAAUAUCCCAGGGAUCCCCUGGACGAUAUGAGUAGUUUGGAAGAUGGGGACCACUGUGUACAACUUCCCAACGGGCUAGGGGAGCCUCAUGUGUCAGAAGACGAAAGUUCCGAGGAUGGGGGUGAUUUCACUCCUCCAGUUAUUAAGGAUUUAGAGAGACUGAGCCCAGAGGAGGCUGCUCAUCAGAAGGCCGUGGUGGAACGUCUGCUCCAGGAAGACCCAUGGCAUGUGGCCAAACUGGUCAAAUCUUACUUACAGCAGCACAAUAUUCCUCAACGGGAAGUGGUGGACACCACUGGGCUAAACCAGUCACAUUUAUCCCAGCACCUCAACAAGGGUACACCUAUGAAAACUCAAAAGCGGGCAGCCCUGUACACCUGGUAUGUCGGUAAACAGCGAGAGAUUGCAAGGCAGUUUACACAUGCAGGCCAAACCAUGAUGUUAGAUGAUAUGUCUUGUGAUGAAGUACCAACUAAGAAAAUGAGAAGGAACAGAUUCAAGUGGGGUCCAGCUUCACAACAUAUUCUGUUCCAAGCCUAUGAACGACAGAAGAAUCCCAGUAAAGAGGAGCGUGAAGCACUUGUUGAGGAAUGUAACAGGGCAGAGUGUCUACAGAGAGGGGUGUCCCCAUCACAAGCCCAAGGCCUGGGAUCUAAUUUGGUGACAGAAGUGCGAGUGUACAACUGGUUUGCAAACAGGCGCAAAGAAGAAGCAUUUCGACACAAGCUUGCAAUGGACACAUACAAUGGUCAACAAAGCUCUGCACCUGCUCUACCAACCCACGAUCUUCCUACAUCCAAAGCAACAGGCAUUCGUUAUUCCCAAGACUCUGGCAAUGAGAGAGGAACCUCAAUGGUGACCAGCCAAAGCAACCUCUCUCCGUCUGGUAUAGAGCAAAGCCACAGUCUCAUGAGCAGUGACAAGUUGCUUUCAACAUCAGGGGGCUCCCUUCCACCUGUCAGCACUCUGACGGCGCUGCAUAGCCUGGAUCAUGGACAGCACACUUUCAGCCAAGCACAAAAUCUCAUUAUGGCUUCUCUCCCCAGUGUCAUGACAAUUGGUGCAGAUGCGACACUUGGACCAGCAUUUAGCAAUUCUGGCCCUUCAACUUUAGUCAUAGGUCUUACAUCUCAGUCUCAGAGUGUUCCUGUGAUAAACAGUGUAGGCAGCAGUCUAACCACCUUACAACCUGUUCAGUUCUCUCAGCAAAUCCAUCAUUCCCAUCAACAGCCAAUAGUACAACAGGUCCAGGGACACAUGGCACAGAACCCAUUCAUGGCCACAAUGGCUCAGCUCCAAUCUCCACAUGCUUUGUAUGGCCAUAAACCUGAUGUUGCACAGUAUGCAUCUGCUAGCUUCUUUCCACAAACAAUGGUCAUUACGGACACGUCUAACCUGGGAACAUUAACAAGCCUGACCCACAAACAGGUGCAUUCUCUGCAUUCUAGUUCACAGGGAGAUUCUCAGGGUUCCCAUCUUCAAAAUCAGGACUCGAACAUCCUACAUCUCGCGCCAAGCCACCGUCUCUCCCCAACUCCAACCAGUAAGGAGCAAGCCAUGAUGUCUUCAGCAAGCUUGGUACACUACCAGAAUUCCAGUACCCCAGAGAGCCACAGCCACCUCCUAUCCCCUUCACACAAUACCAUAGACAAUUACAUGUCCUCACAGAUGGCAUCUUCCUCACAGUAAAAGAUUU